AUGUGGGUGGCUUCAGGUAAAGUAGGCCACAAACUCCAAGCAUUAGAAGCACAGUUUAAAGAACUGGACUUCACCAAGGAUAAUCUGACACAGAAAUUUGAACAUCAUAGCAAGACUCUGGCAAACCAAGCUGCCCAAGAUGAGCUGUGGACAGCAGUUCUGUCAUUCAAGUUCACUCCAAUGGAAUUGAAUAUUUUAUACAGCUACGUCAUUGAAGUACUCAUCCGCUUGCACACUCGUGUGCUUGAGAAGCUGCCAGAUCUGGUGAGAGGUCUUCCCACCUUAGCCUCCAUCCUUAGACGAAAAGUCAAGAACAAGCGCAUUAGAGUUGUAUGGGAGUCUGUUCUGGAGGAGCAUGGGAUGCAAGAAGAAGAUAUCACAGCACUGUGCACCUUCUUUGUAGCACAUGGUAACAAGGCAGAACACUACAUUGCUAAAGUAAGGCAAAUGUAUAUAAAAGAUGUCAAUUUCAUGAUCACUAAUAUGGUAAAGAACCAGGCUCUGCAGGAUGGUUUGCUAAAGGCUGUUCAGGUCAUUGAGAAGGGAAAAGCAGUAAGGGCCCCUGAAGAGCAAAAGUCAUCCCUAGAAGAGUUGAUACCAUCAGCCAAAAGCUAACCUGUUACCCUAGACCCAGAGAUUACGCUUCUAGUAAUUUAUCUUGCAAAUGGGAAAAAAUACAUACAUGCAACUUAUUACAGGGUUAUUUUUAUAGCAAAAGUGAGGAGAGUGUUAGAUUAUGAUAUACUGAUACAGUGGAUACUUUCUGUGUAGCAAUACAAGAGAAUGAAGAAGCUCUUCAUGUAAUCGUAUAGUAAUAUGCAGUUAUCACCAAGAUGUGUUGUUUUAAAAUAUUCAUUUCCAGGGCUUCCCUGGUGGCGCAGUGGUUGAGAGUCUGCCUGCCGAUGCAGGGGACACGGGUUCGUGCCCCGGUCCAGGA